CCCCAUCUCCUAUUUAUAUCUUCCCCUGCGCCCAAUCCUUGGGCAGGUGUAGCAAAACAUUUCGUCGAACACCCGAAUACAUCCUCGAUUGGAAGAGAAACAAACAGAGGAGGAGAAGAAGAUGAGAUCGAUGGAAGAUGAGUUGUUUCCAUCGACGCCGGGGAAGGUGAAGAUCGAGCGGGCGCACACCAUCAAUCGCCAGCUCCACCGCUGCUUCGCCUCGACCAGCACCAUGUUCUUGUGGGCGCUGUUCCUGAUCGCGCUCACGGCCUCCUACCUCAGCUUCCAGAGCUUCGUCGACAGCUCCUCCCGAUAUCUCAACGCCUCGUGGGGCGGAAUGCAAUGGGAGAAGCAGAUCCGGGAAUCGUCCGCCGCCAGCCGCCCCGGAGGCAUGUCCGUGCUCGUCACCGGCGCCGCCGGCUUCGUCGGGACUCACGUCUCCCUCGCCCUCCGCAGGCGCGGCGACGGCGUGGUCGGGCUUGACAACUUCAACAAUUACUACGACCCUUCGCUGAAGAAGGCGCGACAGGCGAUGCUGCAGUCCCGCGGCGUGUUCGUGGUGGAGGGCGACAUCAACGACACCCGCCUCCUCGCUAGGCUCUUCGCCCUCGUGCCUUUCACCCAUGUGAUGCACCUCGCAGCGCAGGCAGGCGUGCGCUACGCCAUCGAGAACCCGGCGUCGUACGUGCACAGCAACAUCGCCGGGCUGGUCACCCUGCUCGAGGUGUGCAAGUCCGCCGACCCGCAGCCGGCGGUGGUGUGGGCGUCGUCGUCGUCGGUCUACGGCCUCAACGAGAAGGUGCCCUUCUCGGAGCUGGACCGAACCGACCGGCCGGCCUCCCUGUACGCAGCCACGAAGAAGGCCGGCGAGGAGAUCACCCACACCUACAACCACAUCUACGGCCUGUCCACCACGGGCCUCCGCUUCUUCACCGUCUACGGUCCCUGGGGCCGCCCCGACAUGGCCUACUUCUCCUUCACCCGCAACAUCCUCCAGGGGAAGCCCAUCACGGUGUACCGCGGCAAGGACCGCGCCGACCUUGCCCGCGACUUCACCUACAUCGACGACAUCGUCAAGGGCUGCGUCGCCUCCCUCGACACCGCGGAGAAGAGCACCGGGAGCGGGGGCCGGAAGCGCGGCCCGGCGCAGUACCGAAUCUACAACCUAGGCAACACCUCGCCGGUAACGGUGCCGGCGCUGGUCAACAUCCUGGAGCGCCACCUCAAGGUGAAGGCGAAGAAGAAGGUGGUGGAGAUGCCAGGCAACGGGGACGUCCCCUUCACCCACGCCAACAUCAGCUUAGCUCAGGCCGAGCUGGGCUACAAGCCGACCACCAACCUGGAGAUCGGCCUGAAGAAGUUCGUCAAAUGGUACCUCUCCUACUACGGCUACAAACCCAGAAGCGGCGGCUUAGCAGCAUGAGCAGGGGCAACGACGUCAGGAUCCGCAUAGUGCUUGUAAAGGAACCCCCUCUUUUUUCUCUGGAUCCAU